UAUGUUGUUUGAAUUGGUCUUGGGUCUGUUGACCACCUGCAUGAUUGUCGAUUAUUUGACUAAACUUAGAAGGAAUCGUUUAUUAAACAAGGCAGGAAUACGCGGAAAUAAAGAAUUACCCAUUUUGGGCAAUGGUUUGGAGAUUUUAACCAUGACACCGGAAAAUGCCUUCCAUCAUGUACAGAGAACGUUUAAAAGCUAUGGCAAAACCUAUAGAUUUUGGGCAGUCAAUGAGGUUGUCAUAUUCACAAGGGACGUCAAGAUCUUUGAGGACAUCUUGAAAAGUACACAACUGAUAGCGAAGAACGGAGCUUAUCCAAUACUGGCAUCUUGGCUGGGUGAUGGUCUGCUACUAAGUAAAGGCACCAAAUGGUUCUCGCGACGAAAGAUCAUAACACCAACUUUUCAUUUCAAAAUAUUGGAACAAUUUGUCGAGGUAUUCGAUCAACAAACUGAUAAACUAAUCCAACGUUUGAGCAAGAAGGCCGGUGGCCAGACGGUGAUAGAUAUGUUUCCGGAGAUUUGUUUGACCGCCUUGGAUAUCAUUGCCGAGACAGCUAUGGGUGUUAAAAUUAAUGCCCAGGAUAAUCCAAAAAUGCCGUAUGUCACCGCGGUUACAGAAUGCCUUGACAUAAUGAUUUUUCGUUUAACGCGUGCUCUCGAUCGUUUCGAUUGGUACUUUAGCAUUUUCUCAAACAAACUCUACCGGCGUCAGCAAAAAUGUUUGCAGAUCAUGCAUGAAUUCACCGACAAAGUCAUAGUAGAACGUCAAGCUGCAUUGCAGAAAUCCAAAGACAGUGGAACCUACCAAGAAGGAUCCAACACUGACGAAUUUGGUGUUAAAAAACGCAUGGCCCUGCUAGAUGUCCUGCUGCAGUCAACCAUAGAUGGACAGCCCUUGAGCAAUCAAGAUAUACGUGAAGAAGUUGAUACCUUUAUGUUCGAGGGUCACGAUACCACAACGAGUGCGCUUGCCCAUAUCUGCUAUCUGGUGGCCCGACAUCCUGAGGUGCAAAAGAAACUGUUUCAGGAAAUCCUAGAGGUUUUUGGCAAGGACAAACAGCAGCCGGUUACUAUCAAACAAUUGCAGGAGCUCAAGUACAUGGAAUGUGUUAUCAAGGAAAGCUUACGGCUCUAUCCUGCAGUGCCCAUUAUAGGACGUCUUACAGAACAGGAUACUGUAAUAAAUGGCGUUACCAUUCCCUCUAAUACCCACAUUUUAUUGCUAAUCUAUGCAGUCGGUCGCGAUGCCGACUAUUUUUCCCAACCCAAUGACUUUAUACCGGAACGAUUUGCAGGCUCUAUAGAUAAUCCGAGUAAAUUCAAUCCCUUUGCCUUUGCUCCCUUCAGUGCUGGUCCCCGCAAUUGCAUAGGCCAAAAGUUUGCCAUGCUUGAAAUGAAGUGCACCAUCAGCAAAAUGAUACGCCAUUUCGAGCUGUUACCCUUGGGUGAGGAAAUCCAUAGUGUGAUGAAUAUUGGUCUGAGACCACGCAGCUAAAGGACAGGAUUAUAUCACAGCUUGUUUAGUUCAUAA